UUUGGUGCAUACAAAUGUUUCCUCACUGUUCCCUUGCAUGUUUCUUCCUUCCAAAGUACAAAGUUCUGUGGGAUUUUUUCCCCACUUCUUUACUCUGUACGAGGUAUAUAAAGAACGAGUAAUUGGUGAAUCUGUACCAUUUCUCGCAGAAUCAAUCUCAAGAUGUGUCUUUGGCGCUGUGUUGUUGUCCUUCUUGGUGCGUGGCUCGUAGAUGCCGAGUACACCACGUUUUUGUGGUCAAGCUGUACUACCGACGCAGUUCACCAAGCACUGAAGGUUUACAAUGUCGAUGCCACUCCUAUGCCAGUCUUGACCCCCGGACCGCUUCAUAUCUCCUUCUCAGCUGCAGUUCUAAAGCAAAUAGAACCAGGAGCACAAAUACAUUUCGAUGUCGUGCGGCAUACCCUGUUGAGAGAUGUUCAUAUUCCAUGUGUUGCCGGUCUAGGAAGCUGCACUCUGGAUGCGUGCUCCAUAGUUGACAACUUGAUCAAUGGAACGCGACAAGGACAACAGGACUUGGGGAGACAGAUCAAGAAAAUGUUCGAAUCGGUGGGGGUCUUCACGCAGUGUCCAGUGACGGUCCAGAAUAUCACCAUAUCUGAUUUUAUCAUCAAUAUUAACCAACUAGACCCUGCAUUAAACCUCAUCGGCGAUGGAGACUACACCGUAAAAGCAACAGUUUUACAACCUAGCACAGGGACACAGUUGGGCUGCUUUCAAUUCAAUGCCACAUUAAAAAGAAAAUCAACUGGAGGCUGGCUUCUAGGACGAAGGCGCCGGAGUAACUAGAUACAUGACUCAUCUAUGUGCAUUUUUUUUACUUUGAAAUAUUGUACGUGGUAUUGGUUAAUUUUGAUGUACUGAUUUUGCAUGCUAAAAUAGAAAUAAAUGAUACCAGAAAAAUGAAUACUAGA